AUGAAGCGCACGAACAAGCUACUUGCAGCGCCUUUACUGGCAGCUGGUACUCUUGCGCAGUUCGUACCUGCGCCUACGGACUUGAUUACCAAGGAAGGCUAUGCGAACAUCAGUGUACGGUACAAGGAGGUACCUACCGGUAUUUGCGAGCUCAACCCGAAUGUGAAGAGCUACAGCGGCUACGCAGAUAUCGCGGAGGACCAGCACGUCUUCUGGUGGUUCUUUGAGGCGCGCAACCAGGAUCCAUCCGAGGCGCCAUUGACAGUGUGGAUCAAUGGAGGUCCAGGCUCCAGCUCUAUGAUCGGCCUCUUCCAAGAAUUAGGACCAUGUGGUAUCGGACCAGACCUGAAGCCGUUCAACAACCCGUACUCGUGGACCAAUGCAAGCAACAUGCUGUUCAUUGAUCAACCUACAGACGUCGGCUUCUCAUACUCCAUUCCUAUCCCUGGCUACACAGACGGCAGCACUAUUGUUCAAUUGCCGAACGCGACUUGCCCAGACUACGCCCAAAAUUAUGGAACGUGCGGAACAUACUCCAAGCCAGACCACACUUUGACCGCCAACAGCACUGAAGGUGCAGCGCCAGGAAUGUGGAAGACGCUGCAAGGAUUCAUGGGUGCGUUCCCUCAGUACUCGCGUAGCGGCUUCAGCUUCACAACCGAGAGCUACGGCGGCCACUACGGACCAAUCUUCAACUCCUACUUCCUCGACCAGAACGCGAAGAACAUUACCGGUGCGCACAAGAUCGAGCUCGAGAAUGUACUUAUCGGCAACGGAUGGUUCGAUCCACUUGUCCAGUACCAAGCUUACUACAACUACUCCGUUUACCCUGGCAACACCUACGAUUACGACCCGUAUAAUGAUACGGUCAAAGCGGAGUGGUACAAUAACAUGUACGGUUCGGGUAACUGCUACGACCGGACCAAGCAAUGCUACGAGACUGGAAUCAACUCGGUCUGUGCAAGCGCGGAUGAUUUCUGUUAUUCCAAGGUUGAGAAUCUCUACGACAUAUACAGCGGACGUGAUGAGUAUGACAUGAGGUUCUUGACGCCAGACCCAUUCCCCUACGGCUACUUUGGUGAUUAUUUGAACUUGCCCGAGGUACAGCAGGCGAUUGGCGCAUUCCAGAACUUCUCCCAGAGCGCCAGCACAGUCUCUUCAGCAUUUGGCAACACUGGUGAUGAUGACCGUCCAUCCGGCACGAUUGCGGCUUGUCAGAAACUGCUCGAUGCAGGUGUUCAGGUCAUGCUGUACUAUGGCGAUGCCGACUACAACUGCAACUGGCUCGGUGGUCAGGUCGUCGCAGACAUGAUCAACGCAACUGGCUACUCCGAGGCUGGUUUCACCAACAUUACUACCAGUGACGGCAUCGUUCACGGCCAAGUCAAGCAAGCGGGCCUCUUCUCUUUCCUCCGCAUCUACGAGUCCGGCCACGAGGUGCCCUUCUACCAACCCCUCGCAUCGCUCGAGAUUUUCGAGCGUGCGCUGAAGCAAGUUGAUAUCGCGACUGGUACGGAGAAGUGUGACGCCGACUAUCUAUCUGUAGGCACGCCGACGAGUGAGUAUAGAGAGGGCAACGCCACGAUGCAGUUCGAGGUAACGCCGGCAAAUGCGACGUACAACACGGCGCUCAACGGUCCGGACGCUGAGCCUACGUGGUCAGCAGAUGCAGAGGUGGCAAAGAGGGCACUGAGGAAGCGGGAUGUUGGAAGGUUGGGAAGGCCGAUAAAGUCGAGGGGUGGUAAGAGGCGUGCUUGA